AACUUAUCUUAUCGGCCAUAACCAGACGAAAACAAAUUCACCAAAGCAGGAAAAAUAUAGAGAGCGAGAGGGAGAGAGCAUAUAUUAAUAUACCAAAAAAAUAAAAAUACAUUUUGUGAGGGAGAAGAAAAGAAAAUGGAGCAGCCUUAUGUGUACGCUUACCCACCAGGGACAGCCCCUUCGGCUCCUCCCCCUCCACAAGGUAGUGGCAUCGCAGGAGGGAUAGUGGAUCAAAGGUUCUGCGCUCCGUACCCCGUGGAUAUGGCGAUUGUGCGGAAGAUGAUGACGUGGACUGACGGUAACUUCGUUAUAACCGACGUUAACGGAAACCUGAUGUUCAAAGUGAAGGAGCCGGUGUUUGGCCUUCACGACAAGAGGAUCUUACUGGAUGGUUCUGGAUCUCCGGUCUUGACUCUGAGAGAGAAGAUGAUGAGCUUGCAUGACAGGUGGCAAGUAUUUAGAGGAGGGAGUACAGAGCAGCGUGAUCUGCUGUACACGGUGAAGAGAUCGUCGAUGCUUCAGUUUAAGACCAAACUUGAUGUGUUUUUGAGUCACAAUAAGGAAGAGAAUAGAUGCGAUUUCAGGGUCAAAGGGAGCUGGCUCGAGCGCUCUUGUGUUGUCUACGCCGGAGAAUCUGACGCCAUCGUUGCCCAAAUGCACAAGAAGCACACUGUGCAGAGCGUGUUCUUGGGAAAGGACAAUUUCUCCGUGACGGUUUAUCCAAACGUAGAUUAUGCCUUUAUCGCCUCUCUCGUCGUCAUUCUUGAUGAUGUUAACCGAGAAGCCAGCGGCAGCAGCUGAUCACAAGCUCACGUAUUAGUUACAUAUGCUUUUGGUUUUGUAUUUGUAUUUGUAUUGUAUUGUUGUACGUUCUCUGGACACUUUGUGACUGGGAUUUCUUCUUAAAACACUUAGUGUGUCAUCUUUCUUCCUACUUGUAAAAUUAUUGUAAAAUUAACGAUCUUCAACUAUGUGAAUAGUAGGUGAUUCUUCGUCCU